AUGAUCAUCAAUUUACAUCUCCCAGAAGGAUACCUGAACGUCUCCUGCCUCCACACCUGUCAGGGCCUCGCCUCCACAUCUAUCACGACCUCAUCUCCACACCACCACGACCUCGCCUCCACACCUGUCACGACCUCAUCUCCACCGCCACGACCUCUCUCUCCACCUGUCAGGGCUUACUCUCCACACCUGUCACGACCUCUCAUCCACACCUGUCAGGGCCUCGCCUCCACACCUGUCACGACCUCAUCUCCACACCACCACGACUCGCCUCCACACCUGUCACGACCUCAUCUCCACACCGCCAUGAACUCUUCUCACACCAAUCAGGGCCUCGCCUCCACACCUGUCACGACCUCAUCUCCACACCCACCGACCUCUUCUCCACACCUGUCAGGGCUUCUCUCCACACCUGUCACGACCUCUCAUCCACACCUUCAGGGCCUCGCCUCCACACCUGUCACGACCUCAUCUCCACACCACCACGACCUCGCCUCCGCACCUGUCACGACCUCAUCUCCACACCACCACGACCUCGCUCCACACACUGUCACGACCUCAUCUCCACACCGCCACGACCUGUUCUCCACACCGCCAUGA